AUCCAUGAGGCGGUUUCCUCUAGAGUCGGCCAUACCAUCUAUAAAAUAAAGCUUUCUGCAGCUCAUUUUUUCAUCUUCUAUCUGAUUUCUAUUAUAAUUUCUCUGAAUUGCCUUCAAAUUUCUCUUUCAAGAUGCAGAUCUUUGUGAAAACUCUCACCGGAAAGACUAUCACCCUAGAGGUGGAAAGUUCUGAUACAAUCGACAACGUUAAGGCUAAGAUCCAGGAUAAGGAAGGAAUUCCCCCGGAUCAGCAAAGGCUUAUCUUCGCUGGAAAGCAGUUGGAGGACGGACGUACUCUAGCUGAUUACAACAUCCAGAAGGAGUCCACCCUCCAUUUGGUGCUCCGUCUACGUGGUGGUAUGCAGAUCUUCGUGAAGACUCUCACGGGUAAGACGAUUACCCUUGAGGUCGAAAGCUCAGACACCAUUGACAACGUCAAGGCUAAGAUCCAGGAUAAGGAAGGCAUUCCCCCAGACCAGCAGAGGUUGAUCUUUGCAGGAAAGCAGUUGGAAGAUGGCCGCACCCUAGCUGACUACAACAUCCAGAAGGAGUCCACCCUCCAUUUGGUGCUCCGUCUCCGUGGUGGUAUGCAGAUCUUCGUUAAGACUCUUACCGGAAAGACCAUCACUUUGGAGGUGGAAAGCUCCGACACCAUUGACAACGUGAAGGCUAAGAUCCAGGAUAAGGAAGGGAUCCCCCCAGACCAGCAGAGGUUGAUCUUCGCUGGAAAGCAGCUCGAGGAUGGUCGCACCCUGGCUGACUACAACAUCCAGAAGGAGUCUACCCUCCAUCUUGUCCUCCGUCUCCGUGGUGGUAUGCAGAUUUUUGUUAAGACCCUCACCGGAAAGACCAUCACUUUGGAGGUGGAAAGCUCCGACACCAUUGAUAAUGUUAAGGCUAAGAUCCAGGACAAGGAGGGAAUUCCUUCAGACCAGCAGAGGUUGAUUUUCGCUGGUAAGCAGCUCGAGGACGGCCGCACCCUUGCCGACUACAACAUCCAGAAGGAGUCGACCCUUCACCUUGUCCUCCGUCUACGUGGUGGUAUGCAAAUCUUUGUGAAGACCCUUACCGGGAAAACCAUCACCCUGGAGGUUGAGAGCUCCGACACCAUUGACAAUGUCAAGGCCAAGAUCCAAGACAAGGAGGGUAUUCCCCCAGACCAGCAGAGGUUGAUUUUUGCUGGCAAGCAGCUCGAGGAUGGCCGCACUUUGGCGGACUAUAACAUCCAAAAGGAGUCGACCCUGCACUUGGUGCUUAGGCUGAGGGGAGGAAUGCAGAUCUUUGUGAAGACCUUGACCGGGAAGACCAUCACUUUGGAGGUGGAGAGUUCUGACACCAUCGACAAUGUGAAAGCUAAGAUUCAGGACAAGGAGGGGAUCCCACCAGACCAGCAGAGGUUGAUUUUCGCUGGUAAGCAGCUUGAGGAUGGCCGCACCCUUGCUGACUACAAUAUCCAGAAGGAGUCCACCCUGCACCUUGUCCUCCGUCUCCGUGGUGGUUUUUAAGUUGUGGUUGUCUGGUUGCGUCUGUUGCCCGUUGUCUGUUGCCCAUUGUGGUGGUUGUGUUUGUAUGAUGGUCGUUAAGGAUCAUCAAUGUGUUUUCGCUUUUUGUUCCAUUCUGUUUCUCAUUUGUGAAUAAUAAUGGUAUCUUUAUGAAUAUGCAGUUUGUGGUUUCUUUUCUGA